UCGUUUUAGGCUUUUAUUCUGAUACAUUUGAUAGAAAAGGGGAAGUCUGGCCGCAGCAUCGGUGCCCCUGAAGUUCGGGCAGGUUCAGCUUCAAGUUAUCAGCGUCCACCGCGAGAGACGGAACAGCUGCUCCCAGCCGACAGACACAGGCUAAAAUGCUCCCGGACACAUACGGGUGCGCUGUAGCGAACAGGUAUGGUGACCUUCUGGAUGACGAUGCUGACCCUUUUGAAUUGAUCAACCAAGUGGGAAUGGAGAAUAACAAAAAGAAGCAGGACAAGGAGAAGAAAGACAAGCAGAAGAAACUUAGUCAGAAGGACAGGCGCGUUGCCUAUACAACUCAGGACCCGGCUCCAGUCCAUAACCAGCAGCAGAAACGUGCACUUCCUGGAUCCGUGUUGGCGAGAGGAAAUGUUAGGGAUGUGGCCAUAGAGAGAGCUGCCCUUGGAGAGCGUUGGGCUAAUAAAGAGGAGUAUCCACAAGAGUUUUCCGUCUCUAGGCCUUCCUAUAACGCAGACUCUGACCUCAGAAACCGAGACGUAAACAGAGGUAGGCGAGGAUCCAGAGGUGGAGGAGGAUACUCUGGGAAUGCUGACAACUUCAACCUGAGGGGCAAAAGAGAAUUUGAUCGACAAAGUGGAACAGGUAUCUCUCCUGAGGAAAAGAGAGGAGGCAGUGGACGCUGGAACUGGGGAAGUUUUGAAGAAUCUGUAAAAAAUGAGUCAAUGGAGAUGAUUUCCCAUUAUCCCGUCAAAUCGGAGGAGGCACAAACGCGUGCGGAGGGAGAUGAUCAGAACCGCACAAUAGAAGACAAUGGAGAAGUUAUGGUUCAGGUUGCCAUGGAGAUGACUCUGGACGAGUGGAAGGCCCUGCAGGAGACUAGUCGUCCCAAAGCAGAGUUUAAUAUCCGCAAAUCUGAGAACAAGAUUCCCACCAAAGCAAAGGUCAUCCACAAGUCAAAGCAUACCGAGACUGUGAAGGAGGGGAUCCUGGAAGAACUGGAGGAAGGCACCUUCCUCCGCAAGUCAGUGAAUGACAUAACCUCCCUUCUGGACAUUAACUUCGGGAGCCUUGGCCGUCCCUCCCGUGGAGGUCGGGGAAGGGGAGCAAGAGGUGGCCCGGCCAAUCGCCCAGAGAGGCCCAAACCAACAUGGGAGAAGGAGGAUGGUUUGGCUCCAAACCCAGAUGACCCAGAAGACUUCCCAGCACUAUCAGCAGGAAAAUGACCUGUUUACCUCCUGUGGGGAAUAGAGGUUGCACCUCACUUGUUUCUGCCAUUCUAGAUUUAUUUUUUUCUAUUGCAGAAAAUGUACUGUUCAGCCCUGGCAUCCUGGAGAAUAAAUGCUUUUGCAAGUU